AGAAAUAAUUUUAUCAAAAAAUUCAAAACUGACUAACCAGAAAAUAUAAAGUCUGGUUAAGUUGUUUAUAUCAGAAAAAUAUGCUAAUUUAAUAAUUAAUUGUUCAUUUAGCCGGUCAAUUAAAAAAAAUUCCACAACACUUGAACCCACUCACCCUGUCGUCGCACAGUCUGCGCAUGCUCAACUUUUCUCCCCAGAGUUUCGGCCUGUUCCGCCACCACUCGGUGAUUUUCGUCUCUUUGUUACACUGAUAGUGGAUUUAACUCGGAUUCAACCCAAACAUCCAGCGGACUGUGCGGCUCUCAAACAGGCUUUGAUGAGAGGCACUCCAUGAUGAGCAGCUAACGCCGUCGGCCGCACAACCACAGGAAGAGACGUGGCUGCUGCUCCACCCACAGUCGACGCAUGGCGGUGUUAGGGAACCCCGACAUGCUGACGAGGAAGAUAAAGCUGUGUCACAUCAACGCCCACAUCACAUGUCGCCUGUGUGAGGGCUACCUGAUCGACGCCACCACCGUCACCGAGUGCUUACACACCUUCUGCAGAAGCUGCCUUGUAAAGUAUCUGGAGGAGAACAACACGUGCCCCACGUGUAGGAUUGUUAUUCAUCAGAGCCAUCCACUGCAGUAUAUCGGCCAUGACCGAACAAUGCAAGACAUCGUCUACAAGCUGGUACCGGGACUUCAAGAGGCGGAGAUAAAGAAGCAGAGGGAUUUCUAUCAGAAGUUGGGCAUGGAGGUGCCUGGGGACAUUAAAGGAGAGCUGUGCAACAUGAAGACUCAUCUAGAUCAGCGAAACGGCGACACAAAAUCAGAAGACACGGCGAAUAAGGAGGCCGGAGAGGAGAAGCCAGAGGAGGACAACGACUAUCACCGUAGUGACGAGCAGGUCAGCAUCUGCCUGGAGUGCAACAGCAGCAAACUUCGAGGUCUGAAACGUAAAUGGAUCCGCUGCUCAGCACAAGCCACCGUCCUCCACCUCAAAAAGUUCAUCGCCAAAAAGCUCAACCUGACAUCGUUUAACGAGCUGGACAUUUUAUGCAACGAGGAAAUCCUGGGAAAGGACCACACUUUGAAAUUUGUUGUUGUGACAAGAUGGAGAUUUAAGAAAUCUCCACUCCUGCUCCAUUACAGACCGAAGAUGGACCUGCUGUAGCUACAACGGACACAAUGGUUGUUUUAUUUGGAUCCUUUUGGUCGGCUCCUUUGCCGCAGUGAAACUUUCUUCUUCUUUUUUUUAUUUUUUAUUAUUAUUUAUGCAAAGACGAUCAAUCAACACCAAGCAAACACCUGACGUCAACAAAAGCCAGCAAUUCGACAUCUAAUGAGACAAAAACUGGCACAGGACCUGCAACACCGGCGCGGUUUUACAAACUAAAACAACCUUUUUCUUCGUCUGCUACAUCCUACAUAUGUGAACAAAAAGAGAAAAAUGGAAAAAAAAGGAGAGAAAAGCAUAUAUUUAUACUUUUGUACAGAAAAGACAUGAACCAAGACACUACUGGUGCUCUGUUUACACACAAACAAGAUGUCGGGAGUCAUCUGAACAUGUUUUUGAGCUUCAUCCUCCUCAGACGAUGACUGACGGGAGAGGAAGGUCUUUUUUAUAUAUAAAUAAGAAUAUACAUAAAAAGGCGUCUUUUCACAACACAACAUGUUCUGGGAGCACAGAAAGUUUAUGGAAAAGUUAUAUAACAUCCAUCAAUUUUAGGCUGAUAAAUCAAUUUCCUCUGAAUUGUUUUUUUAUUAUUUUAUUUCCAUUAUGUCUGAUUUGGAUUCCUGAUGAUUGUCAAUUGUGAAUAGACUUUUUUUUUGUGUGUAGUAAUUUAUGUUCGAUAUGCUGAUAUUGUACAUAAAAUGUCAUUACAGAGAGAUUGAAGAGAGACUUUAGACUGUUAAAUAGAAAAGAGAGAGUGGAUCCCUGAAGUGCUAUCUAUAUGGUGAUAAAGACAGACUUGCUAUCAGUAUCAGAUUAUAUGAAAGCAUCUUUAUGUUGUCUGACAAGGACACAAAACAGCUUAUAUCAAAUCUGCAACCAUUUAUGUGUUUGUGGGGUCUGAAUAUGUGAAUUGACUUUGAGGAGGAAAACUGUCCCCAGCUUCAAGCUCAUGUAGAGAAUAAGACUUUUAAGAUGUCGUGGUUUAGGCAGAUUGAAGCCAUUUAAAUUUAGUUUUCCUCACACUAAGCAGUCCUUAACAUCCGUCCUCGUGCUCCUGCACUUUUUUUAGCAGCAGAAACUUACGGAGGAGGAUUAGGGCCACUGAAUAAAAAAAAUUAUAAUUCUGAUUUAUGAUCUUAGAAGAUUGAAGUCAUAAAUCCAAAGGGAAAAAAAAAAUCAGAAAUCUGAUGAAAAAGUCAGAGAAAGAAGCCAAGAUUAUGAGAUUAAAGUCCAAAACAUGCUACAAGAAAAGUAAAAAAUCUGAGAGGAAAAAUAAAAAACAUCUAAAAUCUAAGAAGAAAGUCAAAGAUCUCAGAUGUUUGACUUUUUACAUAGAUAGAUAAAAUAAUAAUAUAGAUAUUUGAUUCUAUGUAACUUUAGAUUAAAGUAAAAAAUGUGGUAAGAAAAGUCUCAUGUUAAUAUCAAAAUUAAAAUUAAAGUCAGAAUUCUAAGUAAAAAAUCUCAAUUCUGAGAUUAAAGUUGAAAUUCUGAUAUUAAAGUUGGGAUUUUGAAGAAAAAAACAAGACCAGAUUUUGAGGAAGGAAAUUCACAAAUUUGAACUUAAAUUCAGAAUUCUGAGGAAAAAAGUCAGAAUUAUUUUUUGUUCCUUCAGUUUCCCUAACCCUCUUCCGUAGAAACUUCAUUUCUAAGGAUUUUUAAAAUCUGGACUAAUCAGCUCUACUUGCAGCUUUUGGUGUUUAAAUGUGGACAAAUUUGGAGAAAAGGCAUUUAAAAUAAGAAACACGUCAGAAUUGUCGUCUCGCUGUCGCAUCUUUUAUUCUCACUCCCGGCUGGAGAAGCUGCACAGUCUUCAAGUUCAUUCCGGAAACAUUUAUUUGACAUUUCAGUUUUUGUUUCUGCCACAAGUAUUUGGAUUUUAUUUUAUUUUUUUGCAGGACAGCCAGCGUUCAAGAACGUAAAUUCAGGUUUUAACAGGGGCUGAGGCGUCACUUAGAGCAUUUUAAUAUUGAAAUUGCGAAUAAAAUGACCACAGCUGGGUCGUUUGGUGCUUUUUAAAUGUGCGUUUGUAAUAUUAAGGAGGUUUAUUCUGUAACCACAUGCUGUUCUUAACUGUGUGAUGCAGCAAAUUUGCUAAAGCUCUUCUCUUACAUCCCCAGAUCUUAGAAAAGUUUCUUACUUUUCUGUUUUUCCCAAGCAAAUGCAGAACUGUCACCUUUUCACAUGUGAAAUGUUCUAUUUAGAUGCUUCUUCAUGAUGUGGAAUAACUGAAACGUUAUUUAAAAUCAUUCAAGAAGUGAAACUGAUAUUUGUUUUUAAAGAUUACAACUUACACAAUAUUUUCACUUUCUGAAAGUGGAAAUAUAUUCAUUCAUACACAAAUGAAUGUAAAAAAUACAUUCAUUCAUGUAAAAAUAUAUGAAUGAAUGUAUUUUUAUCAUUUCAAUAAUAAUCCCACUUACUGACAUUCACUGUGUCUCCGUGGCAACAAAUCCAGACAAACGCAGCUGAAACAUCUGCACCAUUAAAGCACUCUCAGCAUGGCUGCUCAUUGUUUUUGGUUUCUGUGAAGCCAUUUUAUUAGAAAUGCAUCAAUUUACUUUUAUUAUUAUAGUUAUUAAAAUAUGUUGUAAAACAAUAUUUAGGAGCUUUGACCGUGAAAAAAUAAGGAACUACAACUCUUUUGUGCAUCAUCUUCUGCCACACUUUUUCCUUCCACUUCACUUUCCAUUAACGUCCGUCCAGGUACAUCUCAAUAAAUAAGUCUAUCUAUGUAACUUUAGAUUAAUUACAUCUGUACUGAUGUUUUCAAGCCUUUAUUUCUGUUAAUUAUGAUCUUUUUUAAUUUACAACUCAUGAAAACUCAUUUAAUUCCUUAAGCUUUUCUAGCAAUAAUUUUCUGUGGCAUUUCUUCUUAAACCUGUUCUGAUUU